AUUGGCCAGGGUGAAAAAGACUUCCUUUGAGUUAUCGUUUGAUCGUCCGCACGCAUAUAAAGGCCAGUGACAUUGCUCUGCAUAUAUUCCUCAUUCUUCGUCUCAAGCUGUAUCUCGCAAAAAAACCACUCCAACGUGAUGGCGCACAAGGCAAUCCAAGUGAUGGGAUUCAACCCCGCGAACCCAGUCUCGGUGUGCCAAGUCGCGACUGUGCAAACUCCAAAGCCCGGGCCAGACGAGGUGCUGCUCAAGGUUCUCUGCCGCCCCGUCAAUCCUUCCGAUGUGGUCUCGUUGAUGGGCAUCUAUCCAGGUGACUACAAGUUCCCGUAUGUCCCUGGCUUCGAAGGAAUGGGCACGAUUCACGAGGUUGGAGCAAAUGUGAGUGGUUUGAGCGUGGGGCAGCGGGUGUUCCACACUGGACACGGAGGAACUUGGCAAGAGUUCAUGGUAACUUCGCCGAGGAACUUGACAUUGGUGCCGGAUUCCAUUUCGGACGAAGUUGCUGCGCAGUACUACGUAAAUCCGUGGACAGCAUAUGCGAUGCUCCAAUCACUCAAGGUGCCAGAGGGAGAGUACGUACUGCAGACUGCGGCCGCAUCUGUGCUUGGGAGAAUGUUUAUCCAAAUCGCUCAUCACCAAGGCAUCAAGACAAUCAACUUGGUUAGGCGAAACGAGCAAAAAGAAGAGCUUAAAGCGCUCGGGGCCAACGUAGUGAUCAACUUCAAAGAGGAAAACGUACUCGAGAUCGUGAGAGAGGUAACCAAAGGAAGGAUGGUUUAUGGAGCUACCGAUUGCCUGGGAGGCAAAACCACAAAGCUUGUGAGCACGACAGUGAGGGACGAAGGCACCAUCUUGGUGUACGGGCUCUUGGACGGCGAGGACAUCAGCGCAAACCCUCCAGACGUGAUCUUUAGGCACGUCCGCGUUCGUGGCUUCCACUUGACCCGCUGGAUCGCGAAGCUCGGCGUCCCCGAGCAAAAGAAGCUCGGUGCGAAGAUCUGGGAGCUCCUGGAGAAGCAGGUGAUCACUCCAUUGACAGGGGAGAAGCUCCCGCUGGAGAAGAUCCAGGAAGCCAUCGUCAAGAGCCAGACACCAGCGAGAGGUGGAAAGAUUCUCCUAACGAGCUACUGAAGAGCUAUCUGUGGAAGAACAAUAAGAACUGUAGGUGGCGAUUUGGUUUUUAUCAUACGAUGCGUCUGCACAGCGUGAUCCCGUCGCUGAUGGAAAUGUGACUUAUCUCGAUGCGAGGGUCCGCCGCGAGAACUUUGUUGAGCUCCUUGACGAAAUCUUUGUAGAACCGGACGUACUUGCGCAUUGGCUCAUCGUCGGACGCCACCACUGCUCCGUUCCACAGCGUGUUGUCAUAGCCGAUGAUUCCACCGAUCUUGACGAGCUGCAUUACUCUCUCGUGAUAGUUGAGAUAGUUGUUCUUGUCGGCAUCAAUAAAAAUGAAAUCGAAGAAGCCA